AUCAGCUGCACCAGUAUCUUUGGCUGUUGAACUAGAGUUCCUGGUCGGGGGAGAGUGCGGGAAUAUUCGAGUGACCAGCUCAUCGGGAAUAACUUUAAGAAAACGAGUUAUAUUUCCGUUCGUGUACCUGUAAUAGUGAGCAACAUCAUGGCCCCAAAGGCUGCGCCAAAGAGAAAAGCUCCAGCGAAGAGAGCCCUGGCGGAAUGCUUUCCUGCGGGGGAGAUCCUGACUGACACGGUGAAGAAGUCCUGGAAGCUUGGUACCCCCGUAGGUCAAGGUGGCUUUGGCCUGCUCUACUUGGCUGGUGAAGGUGAUGUCAAAGUCGUUGGCGCGGACGCUUCUUACGUUAUCAAAGUGGAACCUAGUGAAAAUGGGCCACUCUUCUCGGAGCUGAAGUUCUACAUGCGUGCUGCCAAGCCUGAACUAAUUCAGGGGUGGAUGAAGGCUCACAAGCUGAAGUACUUAGGAGUGCCCAGAUACUGGGGAUCAGGCCUUCACAAGAAGGGAACGAAGAGUUAUCGGUUCAUGGUUAUGGAUCGCUUCGGAUUGGAUCUUCAGAAAAUCUUUGAAGAGAGAGGCAAGAAGUUCCCAAGGAAGCUGGUUCUGCAGCUUGGACUGAGGCUUAUUGAUAUUCUUGAAUACAUUCAUGAACAUGAGUAUGUGCACGCCGACAUCAAAGCCUCCAAUCUACUUGUUGCCCACAAGAACCCCAACCAGGUUUACUUGGUGGAUUACGGGCUGGCCUACAGAUACUCUCCUGAAGGCGUCCCAAAGGAGUACAAGGCAGAUCCAAAAAGGUGUCAUGAUGGGACCAUUGAAUUCACCAGUAUCGACGCACACAAUGGAGCGUCCCCCUCCCGGAGAGGUGACCUGGAGAUCCUGGCAUACUGCAUGUUGCAGUGGCUCUGUGGACGUCUCCCAUGGGAAGACAAUCUUAAGGACCCCCUCUACGUUUCAGAUCCUGAAAUUCCUAUCAGGUGCAGAGACAACAUCAGAGAGCUGAUGUCAAAGUGCUUCCCGUCUGACGGUGUGCCAGAUGAGAUGGUGAAGUUCAUGGAGGAGGUGAAGUCUCUCGACUACACAGACAAACCAAACUACCAGAAGUUCCGUAGCAUCCUGCAGGGAGGGCUCAAGUCCAUUGGGGCUUCUGACGACGACAAGCUGGACUUCGCUUCAGUGGACGCCAAACCCAGCCGGGCUCCUGUCAAGAAAGCACCGACAAAAAGGAAAAGGGCAGAGGAAAAGGUGAAGCCUGAGCCUGAGCCCGAGUCUGAGUCUGAGCCUGAACCAGAUAGAAUCCCCAGCAAGAAGGUGGCCCGGAUAAAGGGGAAAGAGGUCAACGGCGUGAAGAAGGCCACCCCGAAGAAGAAACUGGUGGAGAUGGGCACCCAGACGUCCCCCGGCCCAGCGAACGUGAAGAGGGGCCGAGGCAGACCCAAGAAGACUGCCUGAGCUGCUCUUGGCUGUCAGCCCUAAACAUUGGAGAGCCUUUGGCCUGCUUGCUUUUCCCUAGCGAUCUCUUAAUCCACCCUGGUUUGGGACUGAAGUGCCGUUGCUAUAGGUUCUUACCCCUACCCACGUUCCUCUGUCUUUAUUAACGUUUUUAUUUGGUUGCUUCACACUGGUUUUAAGAUCCCCGCGAUGAGCGGAUGCUUGCACCGUGUCUCCCCCACCCCUAUGCGUUCUGUGUUCCCCUCUCAUUCCUCUGCCACGUGUGCCUUUACUUUCUCAUGUGAAAGCACUCGAUAACUGGGUUUUGUGCCGCGUAAUAUGUGCAGUGCUGGAUUUGAAGCUAAACGCAGCACUUCCUUGCCAGUCACAUGAGCAAUUAUUUUAACCCUUCAUAUACUUUAUAGAGCUAUAACAUCAAAUUUAUUGGAAAAUGUUUCAGCUUUCCUGCUGAUAUUAACAGAUGGUUUGUGUUCUGGUUUAUCAGGGCUGAUUAACAGUACUGACUGUUAGUGACUCUUGUCACUGUUUGUCGCUUACAUUAGAUGGCACACUCUGCCUGCCAUGAGUCCUUGUUCGGGAAUGAGAGCUGUGGUGUAUAUAGCACAGCCAGACAAUCCCAUUGCUAUGGUUUCCAAAUCCAGCCUCAAAAAAGGUGUUUUCUGAUUAACAGAGUCCCCCCCCCCCAUUCAUACACUGUGGUGGUGAGGUCUGAGUACUAGUUCUAUGUGUUUUGGUUGAUAAGUCUGGUCCGUUUAUUGAAGUUGUAUAUUUCAUUUGAAUGUUUCCUUUGGAAUAAAAAUAACAUUCUUUUUAA